AUGAAAUUACUGGUGAUCCACGACGAAAGUUCCAAAAUUUUGGGACAUCGCUAUCUUAACUCACAAAUUUCACUUUAUCUCGGUGUACUACAACUUGCUAUUUGCGCUUGGGCCAUGGCGCAACAUUUCUUCUCACUUAUCCACUACAACCAGAUACUUUUCUGCGAUUUCAUAAACGGGACAGAACCAGUUUUGCUGGUUGGCGUGGAUAUCAUCAUUUUUGACAUUGGCUUGUUUCAUUCACUUUGGGGUAUUGAUAGUUGCGUGGCACAACACUUGGAUGGUGGAUAUGGACGGUGCAUAUGGUGCGUAUGUCACAUUCUUGCCUUCGUCAUAUGCCUACCAUUUGCAUUCGUAUCAAGACCAAGGCCUUACUCAUUGUGGCCUCUUCUCAUCCAGCAAAGUGCCUACGGUGUCGGGUUAUUGAUCUUAAGCCUGGCUGCUCUACCAAAAGUGUUACCGACAUUUACCGGUGAUCAAAACAGUGCUUCACUUUUUUCGGUAUCAAUCUAUGCUGCUGGUGCAUCACUGAACUUCUUCUUGUUGUAUAUUUACUGGCAUUGGUAUUGGCACGUAGAAGCGAUGUGGAAUUCGGCACGAAAACUGCGUCUCAGUCGUAUUAGCUCAGUAAUGAAUCAACGCUCACGUGAGACAUCUCUCAAAUCUGUUAACGUUACGGGUGAUAUUGCUCUACAACAUAUUCAGUCACACAGUCCAUUCUUGCAAACUCAACCAGUCACUUCACGGAAACUUUUAACCGACUCAUAUCAAGAACGAGUUGCUAUCAUUGUGCCCGAGAAUUCUUUUGGAGUAGAGAAUUCUAUGAAUCACAAUAGUUAUGAUUAUCAUGACUUGAAUUCAAGAAAUAAGUGCAGAAAAUCGUGCGAUAAGUAUAGUGACGUACACGUGACCAGUUGUGAUGAGGAAGAAGGAUUGCUACAAGUUAUUAGCUAUGAUAAGACAAAUUGUUACGAUAAGUUAACAACCCAUCUCUGCAACAACGGUUGCUUACAUUACAAAAUGCAACUGCGACAGUCAGAGCUCUUUAAAACUUGGAGCCGAAAUAGCAGUCUUGGCCUAUAA